AGUUGCAAUCAGUGUGAUUGCAGGGAGUCUGUAAGGGUUGGUAACAUGAGUUUUGACAGUCCUGUGUCAUCAAAUACGAAGCCAUGAUUUGAAGUACACAACAAUAAACCGUCAGUUGACGUCAGAGCGUACAAGCCCACGAAAAGAAUAAGACUACGUAAAUGCACAUCGGCACUAACUUUUUACGAUGCAGCGACAGUUAGCUUUGACCUACGGCGAUACAAGUCCACAUUCCACUGAAGGUUGGAGAAAUACAAUUUGGAGUGUAAGCAGCAGCUAGCAGAAUACCUUAAGAUCCCCCGUCGAACGGAACCAAUGUAACAGGCUACCUCAGACAACGCGUGUAUGCCCCCGGACGUUGUCAUUCUAUUUGACAUUGACUGUGAUGAUAUAGCAGCUUCACAGGAAAGAACAUUUUGUAUUGAUUUACAUCCGCAACGUCGUAUACAGAUGCAGUCUUAGAUUAACACAUACGAAUCCUGCUAGAAAUGAAAAGAUUGCAUCCUGACAUACCUAUCUUCGAACAUUGGUAAGGACAGAUGUUGAUGAAAAAGAAAUUGGACUACGAUUGCAGUGCAUUAAAUAAUUCAUGCACUGAGGAUAUCUCACAGUUUGCUAAAUCAACGGCUGUAAAAAAUAAGAUUAAUUUUACAAACACUAAGUGGGAGGAAUUACUGGGAAACUUUGUUUCAACAUCCAGCUUUUCUCACAUCAAUUUGCAAUUAACAUUGCCCUUCAUCAGUGUCGGGAACAGGAUUUCUUUGUAAUAUGUGCUGUACAGUGGGAAAAGGCAGAGUUUAUCAAACUGCAUAAUUGAUUGACUAAACGAUUCCUACGAGGGAAGAAUCAGUGCACUCAAAACAGUGUGUGGUGUCUGUGGAAUUCUGUAACAGUUUACAUAUUUGAAAACAACUGAUGUACGUAAUUCUUGCG